AUGGCUGUCAGUGAUACGCAGCUGAAAGUCUACUUCGAAGAGGAGCGUCGCUUUCCAUUGACGGCACUGGAUGGGAGGACCCCGUUACGGUGGAGACUCGAUCUCGGACAAAGCAACAUCGUCUUUGAGAGGAUGGAAGCGGCUAUCAAAUCUCUGUGGCAUGAUCCUCAGCAAUACGAGGAUGAGAGCGAGUAUGCCAUGGCGGGGACACACCUUCGGGAUAUUCUCUUGAAGAACUUUUCACCGGGAGCUGAUCCUAUUCCUCUAUCUGACGACCCCAACCUCGCAAUGGACCAGUCUCUGGAAGACGUAGCGGAGAAGCUCCCUGGGGAAGGAGGGUGGGGAGGAGGUGCUUUCUCGGGUGACGCCCGCAUCCAGAGCUGGGUCAAUAGAUAUUCCUUGCCCGUCCCGCUUGUCAUGGAAGGGGACAUGCCUAUCCACAACCUCAACUCUUCUCAAAUUCGAGCCAUGGCAUCGAUGAUCGGAAACCGGCUAAGUCUGGUCCAAGGACCUCCUGGAACUGGCAAAACGAAAACGAUCAUCGAGACUCUCAAGCUUCUCAAAUUGCAUUUUCAAGUCCCACACCCCAUCCUCGUAUGCACGUACACCAAUGUCGCAGUCGAUAACCUGGUUGAAGGACUCGCUGCCGCUGGCGUUAAGCCUCUGCGGGUCGGAGCUGUUGGUUCCGUACGUCCAUCCCUCCUCCAACAUACACUGGCGGCCAAACUCGAGGCGCACCCUUUAUUCUCCGCGCACCAAGACCUCGUCGAUCAAGAGGAAAAGAUCAAGAAGGAACUGGAGGAAAUGCAUGCCAAGGUUCAUUCGGCGGAGACAGAGCUCAAGGAUAAGAAAGAAGGGAGGGCAAGCAAAGCAAUGAUUGGGAGAAUUGCGAAUAUGAUGGCCGCGAAGUCAGCACUGGAAAGGAAGGAGGCGGUGGUGAAGGGGAAGAAGAAUACGGUCAAGCAGGCUAUGUUAAGGGAAGUAACGAGUGAAGCUGACGUAUGUCAGCACCUGGCCCUUAUCGGUGAUCACCGCCAACUCCCGCCGGUUAUCCUCAGCAAGGAAGCUCAAAGGCUCGGACUCGGAGUGAGUUUGUUUGAGAGGUUGACCAAGGAAGGAGUCGUCCCCUCUGUAAUGCUCGACACACAAUAUCGAAUGCAUCCCGACAUUUCCAAUUUCCCCUCCAACGAAUUUUACCUGGGAACCCUCCGGGACGGCACGGUCGACGAACAAGGCCGGGUCUCAAGGGAUCUUUUCCCUCCCAUGUCGCAGUAUCUUGACCUGGAUCUCAACUUGGAGAAGCUGGGUGCUUUUCGAUCCGAGUAUCAAUAUAGGGAAGAGAAAGGGCGUGAAGGGAUGAAGGAUAAGAGUCGGAUUAACAGGACUGAAGCGCAUAUCAUCGCCAAUGUCGUGGUAGAUUUGCUCCUUUCCAAUCCCGACUUGCAAGGAAAGGACAUCGGUAUAAUCGCUCCCUACGUCGCCCAGAUCUCACUCCUCACGCGUAUCUUCAACUCGCCUGAUGCCACCUCUCCCUCGUCUUACGGCUCGAAAUUCCGUUCGGUACUGGGCGACACCCUCGCCCUCCAACAACUCCCCCAAAUCGAGAUUAAAACAGUCGACGGGUUCGAGGGGCGCGAGAAAGAUGUAAUCAUCUUCUCCACCGUUCGAAAUAAUGCAGAGGGGAACAUUGGCUUUUUAGCGGAUCGGAGGAGGUUGAAUGUAGGGUUGACCAGGGCGAAGAGGGCACUGUUCGUCGUGGGUAAUAUCGGGACUUUGAAGGAGGGGAAAGUUAGUGGAGGGAGGGUUGGUAUCGUCACUUCUGAUGCCACGGCUGAUAGUGGUGAAGGGGAGGUGGUCGUAGCUGAGAAAGGCAAGGGGACGGUUAGGGUGGGGAAGGGCGCGGAGAGUUGGAGGCGAUAUGCCCAAUACCUCCUCGAGCGUGGGUUAGUGGUUCAUGUGGACAAGGAUGAUAUUAUGGAGAAUGGCGUGCUGGGGGAUGAAGGGGAGGUUUCGACGAGGAAGUCGAGACGCAAAUCGGCGGCGAAGGAGACCAGGGACUUGGAGCUGGAGAAGGAGGUGUUGGAGGCUGAGGCUGCGUCUGGGGCCGUGGCUGUGAUCUCGGCCAUUGCUGAGACAAAGCGAGCCGCUGUUGCUACUGCCUAG